AUGACGUCCAUGCUGCAGGACGGCAAUGUUAAGGGCGCGAUCAGAGUUUUACUUGCGGACGACAAAAUUGCAGAAAUCAAUCCUCGGACUGUGGAAUCGCUUCGUGAUAAGCAUCCACCUGCGCCGGAGGACUGCAAUUUCCCAGCGCCACCUGAUGAUACAGCACACGCCACAGCUGUUUCUCCAGCCGAGUUGAUGUCAGCCACAUUCAGCUUUCCGCCCGGUUCAGCUGGAGGAGUGUUUGGUCUACGCCCGCAACAUCUGAAGGACCUCCUCGGACGUAAGGAUGACACACAGAGUGAGCUUUGUCUUGCCCUGACGGAUCUGGCCACCAUGUUGCUACGGAAAGAUGUACCUGAGGAUAUCAGGCCGUUUCUUUUCGGAGCUAAUCUAAUUCCUCUACUGAAAAAGGACGGAGGUAUACGGCCGAUUGCUGUCGGGGACACUUUGCGUAGCCUGUGGUCAAAGAUCGUUAGUAGGCGAUGCGCAGAUGAAGCUGCUGCAAUGUUUACCUCAUCUCAGUUGGGUUUUGGGAUACGAGGAGGAGCUGAAGCGGCUGUGCAUGCAGUAAGGAAUUAUGUGGAGGAGGUUCAUAAUGACGCACGGGUGAUUGUUAAACUGGACUUUCGUAACGCCUUUAACACUUUGCGUCGUGACGUUCUCCUGUCCACCAUAAAAUCCCAUUUCCCUGCCUACUACCGUUAUUUCUGGCAGUGCUACCGUCAUCCCUCCCGCUUGUCUUGUGGCUCUUACCAGAUUUCGUCCGAGACGGGAGUGCAACAAGGCGACCCGAAUGGCCCCUUUGGAUAUAGUCUGGCAACCUUACCGCUUUUCGACGAUCUAGACUGUGACAUAGCGAUCGGUUUUCUGGAUGACGUCACACUAGCCGGACCUGCUGAGAAAGUUAUCGCAGCCAUACGCCUUAUUAUUACUCGCGGCUUCAGUAUGGGAUUAGAGUUGAAUCUGGACAAGUGUGAAGUCUACGGUGUGGGACGUUUUUCUGCGGAUCGCCAGCACGCUGUCCAGUCAGUACUUAAUGUUUGGCCCAAUAUGCGUGUCACCGGCGAAGAUGACUUUGUUUUGUUGGGAUCACCACUAACAUCAGCAGCGUGCGUGACAUUUCUGAAGAGCAUAACUGCGCAGCUGAAAGAGUUUCUCGGCCGCCUUAAAGAGAUACCCGCACAUUUCAGCCUUUAUCUCCUCAAACACUGUCUGCUAAUCCCAAAGUUACUCUAUGGUUUCCGUACAUCUAGGUGCUACGAGCACAUGGCGCUCACUGACGUCAUGGAUGAAUGUGUACGUGUCGGGAUGCAGUCUAUUCUGAAUAUCCGUGCUACAGAUCUCCAGUGGAGCCAGAUGACCUUGCCUGUGAGGGACGGUGGACUUGGACUGCGAACCACUAAAGCGCUAGUUUUUCCCGCCUUUCUGGCGUCGGCGUUUUCGGUGGUUUCGCUGGUUUCCGAAAUCUACCAGCCUGCGACGGUGGCGUUACUGGAUUCCGUUGUAGAAGAAUGGUCCAAAUGGUCAAAUUGCAAACCACCAUCCGAGGAAAGCAGGAAAUUUCAGUGGGCCUGGGAUCGACCUUCGAUAGACUGUGUCGUGUCAUCCCUGAAAGCGGCUGCUGUAAAUGAAACGGACAAGGCAGUGCUGCUGGCUGCUCUCCAACGUGACUCCGGCGCCUGGUUAAAUGCCCUUCCAGCACCUGCUCUACAUACAUUCUUGCGAGAUGAAGAAGUCAGAGUUGGUAUUGCUCUUCGAUUUGGGCUGCCCGUUGUGGAGGAACACGACUGCGUAAACUGUGGAAGCCGAGUGGAAACAAACGGCCACCACGGUUUGUCUUGUCCUAGCAGCAAAGGCAGAUGGUCGCGACAUGUUGAGCUGAACAAUGAGACGAAACGCGGCUUGGAGCUCGCCGGCUAUCCCUGCCAAAGCGAACCGGCUGGAUUGUCUGACAAAGACGGCAAGCGGCCGGAUGGGAUGACUUUGAUUCCUGUGCGCGAAGGAAAGGCCGUGGUAUGGGAUGCAACUUGUUGGGAUACUGUGGCCGUGUCGCAUGUACAUGCUAGCUCCCUGAAAGCCGGGAGUGUCGCACAACUGGCGGAAAAUUUCAAGCGGCGGAAGUACGCAUUCGUUGAGGGCUUGGGCUAUUUUUUCUACGCUCUGGCGGUCGAGACGUUCGGAACUUUUGGAACAUCGUUUGCGGAACUGAUUCGUUUUGUUGGCCGGAAGAUCCGCGACGCUACAGGAGAGCCUAGAUCCACGGCCUUUUUAAGGCAGCGAUUAAGUUUGGCUGUAGUAAGAGGAAACGCAGCAGCUGUUCUGGGUACCUUGAGUGCACAUCAUAAGAUUUUGAAUGACAAUAAUGAUUAUGGGUGUUUUUUCAAUGUUUAA